AUGGAAUCGAAAGAAAAAAAAAAAUUUGAUUCUGCUAAGGAGGGAAAUUUAUCUGCGCAUGAGAAAUUUGAUCGGAUAAUAGAUGAAUACUAUUCAGACUUAAAAGAAAAUAGAAAGAAACAAAAAGAAGAAAUAAAUUUAAAAACGGGGGAUUACUUCUUUAAGUCAGUUCAGAGGGAUAAAUCAGACUACUCGAGACUGGAUGAAAAUGAUGAACCUCCACCUUUCACUGAUUUGGUUGAAAAUGAAGCAAAAAUUGGAACUGUGAAGAUCACAAAUCCUUUGCCAAAAGUUGAAAAAAGAGAUAAACUAAAAGAUGGUUACAUGCAAUGGCUGAAAACGGAAAAGCUGAUGAGACCCAACGAAAGAAGAUUAGAAUACGAGCAAAUGCAGCAAAAAUAUUUAGAAACAAUAAAAUUAUCAGAAGAUAUAAAGAGGGAUGUAAAACUUGCACGUGUUAUUAAAUCGCAUUAUCCUAGAGGAAUAGUUGGUGUCGAUUCUAUAUAUAAUGAAAACACUGUGCUGUACAAGGACAAAUAUAAAGAGCUUAAAAAUAAACAAGAAGUUAAGGAGAAAAAAAUGAAAGAACGGGGAGAAGCACUAGAAAAUCGCAACAAUAUUAAUGGGAACUUUCUAGCAUUCGAGACAGAUAAUAAAUAA